CGUGAACUCCCUCGCUAAAAGACCGACUCGUGAACGGUUCUGAGAGAAUCUGGCGGACGUGCUAUAAAAGCUACCAUUUGCGCCCGUCUCGACGGCGUGGCCAUGUCGAUCAGCAUCUAUGAAGGCCUCAGCGACAUGAUCUCCCUUUUGUUUACCCUCUUGACCUCCUCGGUCGCGGCGCGCGACACUUUCUAUCCCCCACUCAAUCACACCACCUUCAUAACCAACACAUCGCUGGGUACCUAUGGGGGCAUCUACUCCGCGCCCGCCGAUCAGGCCAGCCCGCCGUCUGCUGAGGAGGUCUACAAUUAUUGCUCAAUGCCGCACCCCCGCGCCGACACCUACACUCUACCGCCUCCCAUUGCCAAUGGGUCAGUGUCCGGUCGCUUGGUCUACCUCGAAUACCUGCAGCGACACCAACGCAGGACCCCCUACAAUAUUCUUCCCGGCGGCGAGAACCAAGCAUACAACUGCAACAACGUGCAGCCCUUCCUAUACCUUGCGCCGACGUCCGGAAGCCCCUCUCCACUCCCCGUAUACGCGCAGUCAUACUCCGAACCGACCAACCCGUUCCUAGACAGCUACGUCAAUGGGUCCUGCCAGUAUCCCCAACUCACGGUUGGAGGCUUCUUGGACGGUUACCAACACGGUCGCGAUCUUCGGGAAGUGUACCAGGAGCGAUUGCAGCUCAUCCCGUCGGCUCCGAACGAGGAUAAUGGCAGGAAAGUGUGGCUCCGCAGCAGUAGCUCCGCCCUGACGCAGGAAUCUGCGAGCGGAGUGCUGAGAGGGAUGUGGCCGGAUUACCCGGGGUCCUUGCCGCUGCACCAGCAGGCGUCUAGCAUCGAUACCGUCGACCAGGGGUUUUCUUGUUCCGCACGGAGCGAUCUGCUGUCCGCCAUUGAGUCCACUCCGGUGUGGGAAGAGCAUCUGGCAGUCACGGCGUCGCUUCGCACCACGCUGGCCGACAUGUUCGAUGCCAACACCUCGAGCUGGACCUCCACUUUUGAUCACUUCGCCGACAACUUCCAGGGCCGACUGUGCAACGGCUACCAACUACCAUGUAGCCUGAAGGACGAGUCCCAGUGCGUGACCCAGGAGCAGGCGGACGAGGUUUUCCGGGCUGGUGACUGGGAGUGGAACUACUGGUGGAGACACAAUGCCAACGCCACGCGAUACAUCCAGCUUGUGGAGGGGCUGUUCAUCAGCGAGAUUGUGCAGCACCUGGAAGCGGUGGCCCAGGGCAGCUCGGCUCUGGUCUACAGCCACAACUUCGUGCAUGACGGGGACUUGGGGCCCAUGCUAGGUGCUUUGGGGAUUCGAGCGCUGCGCUGGCCGGGGAUGGGGUCGAACGUCGCUUUUGAGAUUUGGAAGACGACCGACUCGGAGCACUACGCCCGGGUUCUGUACAGCGGACGGGCCAUCGAGACAAUUCACGGCACGCUGGACUGGAUCCCGUUGGCGUCGUUGAUUGACAUUUUGAGGCCGUCCAUCCCUGACGACAUCGUCGCCUUGUGCGAGGCAGCCUGAUCUGGUCCGAUGUUGUUUCUUCGCAGUCCUAGACAGGUAUGGGCGAGUAUACAGUUGAGCAGAAAGGUAGAAAUGUUUGUAUCGUGACUGCUCCGAUUUUCGGUUGACAGGAGAGCUUCUCGUGCGCGAGAGAGUCUGUACAGUACCGACUCGAAGCCUCGCGUAAGAUGACUUGGUUCAUCAACUUGCUAUCAUCAGAUUCGAGAAUUAUCAAACUCAUACCAAAUCAUUCCCCGCGGGUCGAUGUACAUAUGGGAAACGGAAUAAGAUAGGAAACAUAUAACCUCAC